GCGCGCAGAGGCUGCUGGGAGGCCGGAAGGAGCUGUCCCGGCGCUCCGCUGAGCGGGAAGAAGGCACUUGGAGUCUGACAAUGGACAGCAGCCUUUGGUCUUCUCUGUGAUCAUCAUGGCUUGUGUGGCUUGUCCCAGGAUCAGCGACAGCCCUUUCUCCUCAGACAAGCAUGCCCGUCUCAUCCUCGCCCAGAUGAACAAAAUGAGAGGUGGGCAUAAUUUUUGUGAUGUGCAGCUCCAGGUUGGUGAAGAAGGAUUUAAGGUCCAUCGCCUGGUCUUGGCUGCAAGCAGCCCUUACUUUGCUGCUCUGUUCACGGGAGGGAUGAAGGAGUCUUCAAAGGAUGUAGUGCGGAUCCUAGGAGUAGAGGCUGGCAUCUUUCAGAUGCUCCUGGAUUUUAUUUAUACAGGAGUAGUGAAUGUUGGUGAGAGUAAUGUUCAGGAGCUGAUAGUAGCAGCAGACAUGCUCCAGCUGACUGAAGUUGUGGACCUUUGCUGUGAAUUUCUGAAGGGACAGAUCGACCCCUUGAAUUGCAUUGGACUCUUCCAGUUCUCUGAGCAAAUUGCCUGUCGUGACCUACAGGAGUUCACAGAGAAUUACAUCCAUGCUCACUUUCUGGAAGUUCAGAGUGGCGAGGAGUUCCUGGCGCUAACAAAGGAGCAGCUUAUUAAGAUCUUGCGAAGUGAGGAGCUUACUAUAGAGGAUGAGUACCAAGUUUUCAUAGCUGCAAUGCAGUGGGUUUUGAAGGAUCUGGGAAAAAGAAAGAAACAUGUGGUGGAAGUGCUGGAUCCAGUUCGAUUCCCUCUGUUACCAUCCCAGAGACUCUUAAAAUACAUAGAAGGAGUUUCAGAUUUCAGCCUUCGGGUGGCUCUGCAAACCCUGUUGAAAGAAUAUUGUGAAGUCUGUAAAUCUCCCAAAGAGAACAAAGUCAGCAAUUUUCUGCAAACAUCUAAGGCUCGUCCCCGGAGGAAAGCCAGGAAGUAUCUUUAUGCAGUAGGUGGAUAUACUCGACUGCAGGGGGGACGCUGGAGUGACAGCAGAGCCCUCAGUUGUGUGGAGCGUUUUGACACCUUCAGUCACUACUGGACCACUGUGUCUUCACUUCACCAGGCUCGCAGCGGGCUGGGAGUGGCAGUGGUGGGAGGAAUGAUUUAUGCUAUUGGAGGAGAAAAGGAUUCAAUGAUCUUUGACUGUACUGAAUGCUACGAUCCUAUUAUUAAGCAAUGGACAACUGUGGCCUCCAUGAACCAUCCUCGGUGUGGACUUGGAGUGUGUGCAUGUUAUGGUGCUAUCUAUGCUUUGGGAGGCUGGGUUGGAGCAGAAAUUGGCAACACAAUUGAAAGAUUUGACCCUGAAUUAAAUAGCUGGGAACUAGUGGGCAGUAUGGUUGUGCCCCGCUACUAUUUUGGGUGUUGUGAAAUGCAAGGUUUAAUUUAUAUUGUCGGGGGCAUCAGCAAUGAAGGAAUAGAGCUACGUUCUGUUGAAGUCUAUGAUCCAAUAUCCAAACGCUGGUCUACGCUUCCUCCAAUGGGCACCCGAAGGGCGUACCUUGGCGUAGCUGCCCUCAAUGAUUGCAUCUAUUCUGUUGGAGGAUGGAAUGAGACACAAGAUGCACUUCCUACUGUAGAGAGAUAUUCCUUCGAAGAGGAGAAAUGGGUUGAGGUUGCACCGAUGAAGGUACCCAGAGCUGGUGUGUGUGUUGUGGCUGUGAACGGACUUCUUUAUGCCUCGGGAGGCCGAGCUUCUAGUCAUGAUUUCGCUGCCCCAGUGACCUCGGACUCUGUUGAAGUUUAUAACCCUCAUAUGGACACAUGGACUGAAAUAGCAAACAUGAUCACAAGCCGUUGUGAAGGAGGUGUUGCUGUGUUAUGAAACAGAUCUUCAAAGAACUCGAGGAAGACUAGCAGGGGGAAGGAUGAGCAUCUGGCUUUCUACAGACAAUGAGGUUUCGUGCUUCUUUGGCCAGGAUCCUCUUCUACUAUGUGGCUCUUGUGUGGAGUUGGUAGAGGAGCAGUGUGGAGUUGGUAGAGGAGCAGAUCUCAGGUAGGUUUGUAGGGCUUUUUCUGAGCAAAAGGGAAUUAAUUUGCCCCUAAAAUGACAACUGGCCAAUCUGGUCUAUUUCAUGAAAUACCAUCUGUUGAGAGCAGAAAUGCCUUUCAUGACUAGAUUAAACUAAUUGAAUGUGAAACAACUGGGGACUAUUUGGAAAAUUGGACCUCAUCUGAGAGAUGACCUUCCUGUGUGCUGGGAUGACUUGAAACUCCUCUGUGUUCCCAGGAUGGAACAAAGUUAGUAUCAUUAGCAGGACUUAAAACCUAGAGGGUGAUUCCUUUACGAAGCUAGGGCUUUAUCUGAAGUAAAGAGCAGCUUGGCUGUUUCCUUAGCAUUAGGAGUUGUCUUUUGCUGGCAGAGAAUGUGCCAGGUGAG